AGUGAUCCAGGCUGUAAACAUGGCUGGGAUUGCCUCCAGGGUCACUGUCUGCAUCCAAGUGGUUGAUGAAAAUGAUAAUCCUCCAGUUUUUCAGGAGCUCACAUAUACAGGGACCAUCAGUGAGGCAGCCCCCAUCAAUAGUGUGGUGAUAAGUGAGGAUGGAAAGCCCCUGGUAAUUGAAGCCACAGAUGCUGACAAGAAUCACAAUGCCCUCCUGGUCUUCCAGAUUGUGGAGGACACCGCUAAAUUGUUCUUUACUGUGGACUCAGGAACAGGCUCCGUCAGAACUAUAGCUAAACUGGACUAUGAAAAAUUCAGUGCUUUUUAUUUUUCUGUUAAUGUGAGAGACAGUGGCAGGCCUCAGCUAACAGCAGAGAAGCCAGCCAAGGUCCUAAUCAGGGUUGUGAACAUCAAUGACUCUCCCCCUCAGUUCUCACAAGAAGCUUAUGACACC